CAAACCGAAGUUUCCACGGGCGCGUGCGGGAGCGGCGACGCAUCACGCCAUGACAUGAGAUAAAUUAAACCUAAAAUUAAGCAAAAUAAAAGUGCGCAACACAAGGCAGCGAUUCUUUGUGAAGGAUUUCUCCAAAGCCUCAAGCACGAAUAAUUUCUGAUAUUUGUGUAAUAAACGGAAAUAAUGUGCGCAGGACAGAAACAAGAGCUUUUAAUCAAGGCUUUGACGAAACUGGAUCUUGGAAAGCUGCUGUCCAGUCUUCAUACAUCAGUGCUUCAGGGUGAAGACUUUUAAAGAUCAACUGGUCUCUGACAAUCACUUUUGAAGCGAUUUCUGAGCAACAAUCCAAAAUCAGAGGCCCUUGCUUUUAAAUUGACGUUUAAGGCUAAGACUAAAGGCUCUCACCUGGAUAUUUGCAAGAGAUGUAAGAACAGCCAUAAAUCUCUGUAUAACUGAAGGAACUUUCGAGACAUAAUCAAAUUCAUCAUGCACCUGGAAGUUAAAGUUGCGUUGAACUUCAUCGUGUCCUACUUGUACAACAAGCUCCCGCGCCGUAGGGCAGAUCUGUUUGGUGAGGAGUUGGAGCGUAUCCUGGUGUCCCGCUUUGAAGGGCAUUGGUACCCUGAAGCUCCUUUACGUGGUUCUGCCUUCCGCUGCCUGCAUCUGGGAGCUCCCAGGGACCCUGUGGUGGAGCUGGCAGCCAGGAGGAGCGGUCUGGACACAGAUGAGGUCCGUGCCAACGUUCCCCCCGAGCUCAGUAUUUGGAUCGAUCCUUACGAAGUGUCCUACCAGAUUGGGGAGAAGGGUGCCGUGAAAGUCCUCUACACGGAGGAUCCCCCAGGUUUAGGGGGAGAUGCCGAAAGGUCAGACGUUGCUCUCACAGGAGAUGUGGAGUUUGAGGAUGUCAGGAAUCUGGGCUUUAACCCAGAGGCUCAGGUGUUUGUGCCCAUCGGUGGCCAGGUGUCGCCGGUUAUGCUACCGUCGCUCUCCAGUUCGCCAGCUCCUCUUUCUACCUCAUCUUGCCCGGGACUGUUCGGUUACGCCGCUCCCAGCACUCCCACCAAUCCCAGCGCUCAUUCCUCCAACACAUCUACCCCCUCGCCACCAGGCGGCAGCCUUUUGUACUCUACACCCAACUCGCGGCCCAUACCUCAGCCGAUCACCUUCACCACAGCCAGCUUCGCCGCCACCAAAUUUGGCUCCACUAAGAUGAAGUGCGGGAACCCUGGAGUUGCCUCCGGUUCUGGCGUUGUCACAGCUACGCAACAGAGGAUGAUCACGUGCUCCCCAAGCACCAUCUCCCCACCGGGGCUGGUCAAGCACAAACCCCUGUCCCUCUCCAUGCACUCUCUAGCUGGACCCAUCCCAAGCCAAUUGUCUCCUAAUGCCAAAGAGUUUGUGUUUCCCGCUUCCCAGAGGCCCCUCUACUUUGAUGUCGAAGGUCCAUCAAUGGCGCCAUUCCAGGCUCCACACCCACAUGCCUCCUUCGAUCCAUUCUCCAGUCCACAACCAGGACAGGCUGUGGGAAUCAUUGGAGGCAACAGUGGAGUUUCCUUCAUAGAUAAACCUCCAUUUGUGGAAGGACUCGGAUACAACCUGCAGUAUUCCAGCCAGGCCUUCCAACCUGUGGUACUGGCCAAUUAAAGUCUCAGAGUUGAAGAGAUCCCAGUGCUGAAACGCUUUCCUUGAGGACUUUUUUUUUUUUUUUUCCCUCCAUAAAUCAUAAACUACCACCAUGAUAAAUCAAAGUAUUAUGACUACUAAUUGAGUGUUACUUGUGAUUAUUUUCCAUUCAUUUGUUUCUGGUUUCAUGAUGUUGUUUAUUUUUUUUAUGAAUAGACUAUUUUU